AUGCUCACCUGGCGCACAGCGCGAAAGAUCGUGUGGGGAGAUGUCCCAGAGACCAAAGCAGAGCGGACGCUGCUGCUGAAGAUAGACUGGUUCAUCCUGUCCUAUUGCUGCCUCAUGUACUUCACGAACUAUCUGGACAGAAGCAAUGUUGCAAACGCGUACGUCUCGGGCAUGAAAGAAGAUCUCAAUAUGUACGGAACGCAGUACAACGUGAGCGAAGUUGUCGUCGACAGUAUGAUCGGAAUGAUACCAAAUAAUCUUAUGCUGCAAGUCGUUUCUCCGCGAAUCUGGUUUCCGUUCAUGCAAAUUAUCUGGGGGGUCUUGACCUUCGGCUCGAGCGCCGUGAAGAAUGUCGAACAAAUGUAUGCUAUACGCUUCUUUCAAGGCGUGUCUGAAGCAUCGACCUUCGUCGGCACACAUUAUAUUCUUGGCUCCUGGUAUAAGCCAGGCGAGCUCGGGAAACGCUCGGGGAUCUUUACGAGCUCAGGGCUUAUUGGGACAUUGUUCUCCGGUGUCCUCCAAGGAGCCGUAUAUCAACAUCUCAAUGGCGUCUCUGGACGUAGUGGCUGGCGCUGGCUCUUCAUCAUCGACGGGGUCAUCACCUUGCCCAUUGCACUCUAUGGCUUUUUUGUGUUUCCAGACGUCCCUGCGACGACACACGCUUUCUACCUCACUGACGAGGAACGCCACCUCGCGUCUACACGCCUACGGACCGGGAGACGUGAUAAGGAGGUUAUAUCAGAAGAAGAUAGUACUAACGAAGGCGCGCACGGGCGCCCAACGUGGGCUCUAGCGCGGCGCGUGCUUGGCCGCUGGCGGUGGUACGGAUGCAGCUUACUGUUCGCGAUAUCGGGUGAAUGUGAGAGUUUCGGAUCGAACAAUCUCAUGGGGCAGUGGCUCAGUGCCAUUGGCGGAUACUCUGUUGAAGAAGUUGACUAUUACCCAAGCGGUGUCACUGCUGUGGGGAUUGUGUCGACGCUCUUGUGUGCGACAUGGACCGAUGCGACACGCUCUCGUGCGCGGUGGCCUGUCCUCGUCUACAUGGCUCUCGCAGUCAUCGUCGCCAGCAUUUGUCUACUCGUAUGGCGGGCUCCCAUCGGCCUCAAAUUCUUCGCGUACUAUCUGGCUGGAGCGAGUUAUUCUGGACAAGCUACCACAUUUGCGUGGGCGAACCAAAUUUGUGCCGGUGACGACCAAGAGCGCGCGAUCGUUCUUGCUUCUAUGAACAUGUGGAACAACGCCGUCAACGCCUGGUGGCCGCUCCUCUUCUACCCAGCCACGGAUGCUCCUGAAUUCCGUAAGGGUAUGUGGGCAAUGAUUGGCACGGGCACCGCGACGCUUCUCGUCACUUUCUUCGUAUGGUUUCUCGAGCGCCGCGAACGCAGAAGACAUGAACGUCUUAGCGUGGAAGGACUGCGGGACACAGGCCAAGAGGUCGAUGCACGGGUCGAUGAAAAAGAGAGCUAUGAUGAGAACGGCGACAAAGAUGGCGAUGAGAAAAGUUAG